AUGAAUAAAGAGAACGAAGACCCCCAUCAAGGCAAUAAGACCAUGCCUAUCAUGGGAUCCCAUCGUAACUCCUUGAAGUUGAACCGUCGUGUAAGUUUCGCUCCUGAAGUUACGUUACAUAAGUUUGAUUUCAUCCCCAGAAGAGAGACAAUCGGCUACUUACCUUCUCACCAUUCUAGUGACAGUUUUAGUGAUAACGUUAGUGAUAGCGUUGAAACAGUUAAUGAAACCCAUUCACAACCAUCUGAAACUGCUGAUGUGGACAAAGAUGAAGAGUCUGACAUUGAAAUCACAGAAUCGUUUACCAAAGUCAAAUUACAUUCUCCUAGAAAGUUCCUAUCACCCAGUAAAUACAAGAUAAUCACUUCUGUAGGGGAUGACAGUGAUUUGGAUACGUUACCGAAGAUAUCCAUCGAGAAUAUUGAAGAAGAUAUGGAAUUCACCGAACCAAUUGGAUUCUCAGAGAAAGUGAAAGAUAUGGAGGUGGGUCAAGUACAAAGAGUGGAAGAAGAUAUGGAGUUUACUCAACCUGUGAAUAUCCAGUCCAAUGUUGAGAAGGUGAUUGAGCAAGUUCAAGAAAGUAUUGAUGAUGAGCCUGAAGAAAUGGAGUUUACCCAACCUGUAAGUCUUCAAGCAGUAACUGAGGAAGCUGGUAUCAGAAAUGUAGAAGAAGAGAUGGAAUUCACACAACCUAUUCUGAAAAAUUCGGUCGAACACAUAGAAAGCAUUCCUGAAGAAGAUGAGAUGGAAUUCACACAACCUAUUUCUAAAGACCAAGUAAUGCAAUCAAGUCAACCAGUUUCUCAAAACGAAGAUAUGGAAUUCACACAACCUGUUAAUUCUAUUCAGGUUGCACAACCCUUACAAGAGACUAGUCAAGAAGAGAUGGAAUUCACUCAACCAGUACAAAUCAAAGACUUUGUCACUCCUAGAACCUCCAUGCAUAGUGUUUCAUCAAAAGAAACGACUCCCCAUUUCCCUGACGUUCAAAUUCCAAUACCUCAGGAAUUCUCCAAUAAGAGAUUGAGUGAUUUUGAAGAAGAGAAGGAUUACAAAUUGAGGAAAAUAGAAGAAGAGAAACAAGAAAAAGAGAGGGAACAGAUAGAACAGAAAAGGCAAAGAAUCGAGAGAGAACAAGAAAGGCAUAGAAUUGAAAGACAAGAAAGAGAAGAAAGGCAAAGAAUUGAAAGAGAAGAAAGGCAUAGAAUUGAAAGACAAGAAAGAGAAGAAAGACAAAGAAAAGAAAGACAAGAAAGAGAAGAAAAACAAAGAAAGGAAAGAGAAGAAAAACAAAGACAAGAAAGAGAAAGAGAACAAGAGAAACAAAGAGUCGAACAAGAAAGAAAAGAUAAAGAAAAUCUCAUUAAUCAUGUCAUUACCUCCAAAAUCCCUCUUGCUGAUAUUACCAACGAAUCAGUUGAUGAAAUUGAUGAUCCUAAUUAUACCAAUGUAACUUUAACUCAAUUCUUAAACGACUUAGGUAUUCAAUUCUUAGAUGAUUUGCAAAUGAACUAUUAUGAAAAACCAUCAAAUGUUUCCACUGAAGACAUAACUUUCAAUGAUUAUGUCAAAGGGACUGGAAAAUUAUCUAUCUUCUCAUUAUUGAAGUUUAGUAAUGAAGAGAUGGCUAAAUCCAUUGAACAAGGGAAAACUCUUUUCAAAGAAUUAGAUGAAUCAAUAUUAACCAACAAUCCAAAGUUCUUCAAAGAUUUCUAUUCUUCCAGUGAAGAAGAAAAAUCUUCAAUGACUACAGCAUUCUUAUUAACUAAAGAGUUUAGUCGAUUGAAAGCUAAAAAGAUUUUUUGUAAUUGGAGAAUUCAAUUGAUUGAGAAGUUAAUUAUGGAUUUAAAUACCAAGAUUGAAGAUUUAACCAAUGAUAAAGUGAUUCUUCUAAGUAACUUGACCAUUAUAAAUGAAGAAUAUAAUGAAAAUUUCCAAAAAUAUGAACUUUUGAAUCAAAGAUAUCUCAAGUUGAAAGCCAUUGAAAAGGCUUAUAACAAUUACUCUUUAGAAGAAAGACAAGAGAUCAAAAGUCAAAUUUUAGAGUACAAACAAGAUAUCAUCAAUAAGAAUGAGAACAUUCAACAAUCGACGGAGAAGAUCAAAGAAAUCGAUGAUAAAAUUCUUCAUCAAAAGAGUUCAAUUGACCAUUUAAAGCAAGAAAUCAUCCAAAAACAAAAGUUAAUGGAAGAUAAUAAGAUUUAUGAAAUCAAUGAGAUCAAAUCAUUGAAUUUGAAAUUCAAAUUGUUACAAAAAAUCACCUCAAUUGAAUAUUUAAGUAAAACAGACCAAUUCAUAUCAUUCAACUUCAAUGAUUUCAAGAUCGAAAUCAAUUUCGAAAACAAUAAUGAAAUUAGGUUAUCAUUGUUGAAGAAUAAUUAUUUAAACGAAUGGUUAUCGCACAUUGUUAUCAAACAAUUCAAUAAAAUAACAGGCUUGAACUUCUUUGAUAAGUGUAGGAAAUUGAAGGAAAUCAUUGAUAAUGUCAAAAAGAUUGAUUUGGAUAUUUAUAAGAUUUCUUGUAAAUUCCCAAUCAUCAAUGAAAGUAAUGAAGACAUUUCAUUUACCAUCAAAUACUUUAAAGGAGCAGUUAAAAUUAAUGUUAAAAUUGAUAUUGAGGGUAUAGAUUAUUCCAAUGUUAAAGUAUCUGUGAAAUCAGGUGAGACAAAGGUAGUGGAAGAGCUUAAAGGAUGUUAUAGAGGAAAUGGAUUAUUGGAAAGUGUAUAA